AUGGCGCCCUCCAUACCGCCUGUCCCCGGGAGCAGCAUGCCUGCGGGACGUGCUAGCGCCGGCAUGGCUCCAGCAAGCCACAUGGCUAUCACCACCCUUAAAGUCGAUGGUAUGACUUGCAGCGCUUGCACAUCAGCGAUCGAGUCAGCAUUUGAGGGUGUCAAGGGAACGGGAGAGGUAUCGGUCAGUUUAAUGAUGGGAAGGGCCGUGGUACACCACGAUCUGGAUGUCCUAUCGGUGGGGCAGAUCACAGAGAUGAUCGAAGAUCGCGGUUUCGAUGCCGAGGUUUUGAGCACCGAUAUACCGCAGGAAAAGGGCGACAAGCAAGUUAACGCGACGAAGCCUUCGCAAUGCACGACAACUCUCUCGGUACAAGGAAUGACGUGUGGUGCUUGUACGUCUGCCGUGGAGGGAGGCUUUACGGACGUUUCCGGAGUCGAAUCAGUGACGGUAUCAUUACUUUCAGAAAGGGCUGUUGUAGUACAUGAUCCCUCUGUGAUUACUGCAGAGCAGAUUGCAGAGAUCGUCGAGGACCGGGGAUUUGACGCGAGUGUCAUAGAGUCGAAAACGUCCAAGUCGGGCCUUGCAAACGACCCUUCCUUGGGGAAAGUAUCCGCGCAGAUGAAAACCACAGUUUCCAUCGAAGGAAUGACGUGCGGCGCAUGCACUUCGGCUGUGGAUAAUGCUGUCACAGGACUGCCAGGUUUGAUUCGUUUCAAUAUCAGCCUGUUAGCGGAGCGCGCGGUAGUGGUCCAUGACCCAUCUGUUCUCCCUGCAUCCAAAAUUGCGGAGUGUAUUGAGGAUGCUGGGUUUGACGCGCGAAUACUGUCCUCCGAACCAGAUACUUCUGUUCACUCCACGACUUCUACGUCUCUCAACUUUAACGUCUACGGAGUACCUGACGCGGCCUCAGCCACCGCACUGGAGGAUCUCCUUCUCAAAAACCCCGGAAUUUCGGCCGCAAGUGUUCGACUCUCGAACUCACAGGUCUCAGUAUCGUUCAACUCGUCACAGAUAGGAAUCCGAGCUGUGGUCAAGGUUUUUGAAGAUGCUGGUUAUAAUGCGCUUCUCGCCGAGUCUGAUGACAAUAAUGCCCAGCUUGAAUCCCUUGCAAAGACUAGAGAGAUCCACGAGUGGCGGAGAGCAUUUAUUCUUUCAUUGUCCUUCGCCAUUCCUGUCAUGCUAAUAAGCAUGAUAUUCCCCAUGUACUUAUCAUUCCUCGACUUCGGCAAAGUAGAGCUAAUUCCGGGGCUAUUCCUCGGAGAUGUUGUAUGCCUACUUCUUACGCUACCUGUUCAGUUCGGAAUUGGCCUAAGGUUUUAUCGAGCUGCCUUCAAAUCGCUAAAGCAUGGCUCUCCAACCAUGGACGUCCUCAUUAUGCUGAGCACCUCCCUUGCAUUCUCCUUCAGCAUUUUGGCAAUUCUAGUUUCCGUCAUCCUACCGCCACACACAAAACCGAGUACUGUUUUUGAGACCAGUACAAUGCUUAUUACCUUUAUCACUCUGGGACGGUGGUUGGAAAACCGAGCCAAGGGGCACACCUCACGCGCUCUCUCACGGCUUAUGUCCCUUACGCCUUCUAUGGCAACAAUCUACGAGGACCCAGUUGCUGCUGAAAAGGCGGCUGAAGGCUGGAAGAAAAUUUCUACGUCAACCUCUGCGGACAAACCAGAAUCAACGCCAGCAGCCGCUCAAACAGGGCAAAGAGUCAUCCCUACUGAGCUUAUUCAAGUCGGCGAUAUCGUGUGCAUUCGGCCGGGCGACAAAAUUGCCGCCGAUGGUGUCGUCAUUCGUGGUGAAAUGUAUGUCGACGAGAGUAUGGUGACAGGAGAAGCCAUACCUAUCAACAAAUUUCCUGGUCAAAAUGUAAUUGCCGGUACAGUCAACGGUACUGGAUGGGCAGACUUCCGUGUAACGAGAGCCGGCAGAGAUACCCAAUUGAGCCAGAUUGUCAAGCUUGUUCAGGAAGCACAGACGAGCCGCGCUCCUAUUCAACGAAUGGCUGAUACCGUUGCUGGCUACUUCGUCCCCGCCAUCAUCACUCUGGGCUUCGUUACUUUUAUUGGAUGGAUGAUAUUAAGCCAUCUCCUCCCACAUCCACCCAAAGUCUUCCUUACAGAAGGUAGUGGAGGAACACUGAUGGUAUGCUUGAAGAUCUGUAUAUCGGUCAUUGUCUUCGCGUGUCCUUGCGCCCUUGGACUUAGCACGCCAACUGCAGUCAUGGUCGGUACUGGUGUAGGAGCUGAACACGGCAUCUUGGUCAAAGGUGGUGCGGCGCUGGAAGCUGCUACCAAGAUCAAACAUGUUGUAUUUGACAAGACCGGGACCUUGACCAUGGGAAGGACGAAUGUCGCAGAGACCAAAAUGGAACCAACGUGGUCUACGAAUGAGUGGCGACGCCGGCUCUGGUGGGUCAUUGUAGGCUUAACGGAAAUGACCAGCGAACACCCAAUUGGCAAUACCAUUGUUUCAAAAGCCAAGUCUGAAUCCGGAAUAUCAGAUGAUGACCCCCUUGAUGGUGCUGUGGUCGACUUCGAGGUGAUGGUCGGAAAGGGAGUUUCGGCAACGGUUGAGCCAGCCGCAGGUUCCGAACGUCAACGGUACAGCGCCCACAUUGGAAACGCAAUAUUCAUCCGUUCGAAGGGGAUCAAGAUUCCCUCUUCCGCAGACCCAGACCUUCAAGCAGCUCAGCCCCAACAACAAAGAACAAAAUCCGAUGCUUUGAAAACCGCGACAGUAAUCCAUGUUGCUAUUAGCGAUCAAUAUGCCGGCACAAUCUGGCUUCAGGAUUCUAUCAAGCCCUCCGCGAAAGCUGCCGUUGCAGCUCUGCACCGCAUGGGCCUUACAACUUCUCUUGUAACAGGAGACACUUAUAACACCGCCCUCGCCGUUGCAAACGAGGUCGGCAUACCCGCAAGCGCCAUCCAUGCCUCAGUCAGCCCUCUAGAAAAACAAUCGAUCAUAAGCGAACUGCAGACACCCAAAUACCCAAUCGCAAUGGUUGGAGACGGUAUCAAUGACUCGCCUGCUCUAGCAACCGCCUCUGUCGGAAUUGCACUCUCAUCCGGUACAGAGGUCGCCAUGGAGGCAGCCGACAUCGUUCUCAUGAGGCCAGAGGAUUUACUUUCCGUACCAGCCAGUCUCUGCCUGUCGAGAUCAAUCUUCAACCGCAUCAAACUCAAUCUCCUUUGGGCCUGCGUAUAUAACGCCGUCGGUAUACCCUUCGCAAUGGGAAUAUUUUUACCAUUCGGUGGUGUGUCUCUUCACCCCAUGGCUGCCGGUGCUGCCAUGGCGGCGUCAAGCGUCAGUGUAGUGGUGAGCAGUUUACUUCUCAAAUUCUGGAAACGACCACGUUGGCUCAAGGUUGAACGCCUUGAAAGGGAAAUUGAUGAGGGCCUGAUUGAUUCUACGGGCCAGGCGUACCGAAAAGGCGGACAAUGGUGGAAGAAGACUCCCUUCACAUCACCAAUCUCCUCUGCGAAACAGAAUUGGACCGGUGCCUUUGGUCUUGUGUCUCGCGUUAUGGGCAGGCGAAGCAAAACCACGGAGGAAGAUGGCUAUGUUCCUUUGCAGACGGUAGACAAUGGCUUCUAG